AGAUACUGUCAUAAAAGAAACAGAUGGACUGUAUAAACGUAUAAUAUAUAAUGGACUCUCUUUCUCGGUUUUUUAGGUCAAACACGAAAACGAUGACGUGUUGAACGAGCUCAAAAGAGCCACAUUGUUCAACACCGUCAUCUUCGGUGGCGCGAAGUUCCCGCUCUCUGUGCACGGCCCAGCCAUAUUUGUGGUGUUUUGCAACAAAAUUGAUGUAACGGUCAACGCCAGCAUGGUGCGUAGGGUAGAAGCCCUCAAAGACGGAUCCGUUUUGGUGGAUUUCGUAGACAUCCUCGACCGUAAUAGUAUUUUGAUGCGUUUAAGAGACAAAGUUCAGCAAGGAAUGAAACAUCCCCUUUGGGGACCUGAACCUGCUGACUUCCUCGAAAUACAGCCUAUGGCUGUGGAAAAUGACCCGGGUACUUCUGGGACUUCUGGAACUCAUGCUUUUAACGACCGCGUGAAUUUUAUAAGGGAGAUGUUUGCCAAAGGCGAGAUAGAUACUGAUACCGCAACAAAAUUCUUUGCAGCAGUGCUCCGCGACAAAAACGAGUAUGUUGGGUGUUUGUUUUGUAUCAUGUUGUAUGUCGUUGAAUGCAUUUAG